AUGAGCAACUCAGGGCUCGCGUGCUUGUUCGACGCGCACGCGCUUCAAUGGCGGCUCGUGAAGCUGCGACACGGGGACGCGUGCGCCCGGCGCUGCAGGUGCCAUGAUGACUUUUUGAAAGAGGCGCGCUGGCCGCCGCGGCCGAAACUGUGGACCACGGACGACCCGCCGCGCCUUGACAUGGAAGGCCCGCCGCGCCUUGACAUGGAAGGCGCAGCCGAGGCAGAUGUGCGCGCAGCAGCAGCGGAAGCGGCGGCGGCGGCGGCGGCAGCAGCAGCAGCAGCAGCAGCAGCAGCAGCAGCAGAGGGGCGGCAUGCAGCGCCGUUCCUAGUGGACGAGCUGAUGGGCAUGGAGCAGCUGAGGCGCGUGACGGUGAUGUGCGACUGGGGGUACUACGAUUGCAACUACGGCUGCCACGACCCUGAAUCGUCCCGCCCCUUCAUCGACCCGCAUCAUGUCUCGCCCCUUCCGCUCCCCGUUGCCUUGCGCACGCGACUCGAGCAGCUGCUGUCGCAGCGAAAUCAGCAGCACGUCAGCGCGCUGCACAUGCCCGUGACAACCGGCAGAUACUCAGGCCGCGCGUGGCAUAUUGGGGAAAUGAUGGGCUUGGCGCGCUCUUGCGUGAACCUGCGGUCGCUGCACCUUGUUUAUGAGCUGCCGUCUAGUGCACUGCACUUCGUCCUCUGUAGCAACAACUACCUCACAAUGAGUGAAGAAGUAGCUGCCUUGCUCUCCCGUCUCGCCCACCUCUCGCUCCCGCUCUUCGACCUCCCGCCUUAUCUCCUUCCCCACCUCUCCUCCCUCCGCUCCCUCCGUCUCUCCCUCUCUGCUCCCCACCACCCUCUCCUCCUCUCCGGUCGCCCCUUCCACUCUCUCUCCCGCCUCUCCCUCCUCCACCUCUCCCUUGGAACCCCCACCACCCCCCUUUUCGAGCCUCUCUCGCCGGACCUGUUUGCUGGGCUCGGACCGACCCUGUCGUCUUUAACGUUCCUAGUGUGUGCAAAGCCGACAGGGGGGGAAGAGAUGAGGAGGAAAAGGCGUGGUGUGAGGGCGCAGGGAAAAAGGGGUGGGGGUGGGGGGAUGAGGGAGAGUGAAGGAGGUAACGGCGAGCGGAAGGGAGGAGGACGAGGGGAGGAGGAGGAGGAGGAGGAGGAGGAGGAGGAGGAGGAGGAGGAGGAGGAGGAGGAGGAGGAGGAGGAGGAGGAGGAUGGAGGCGGAUGGGUGGGGGAUGGGUGGGGUGGGGAGGACUCGGUGGUGGGGUGGCUGCCUGCCUCGCUGUGGUCGCUCACGCGCCUGCAGCAGCUCACCACCAACGUGGGAGGCGAGUGGCACUGCAUGGGCCUCAACGCCCUCUUUGCCCCGCACGCCUCCCUCUCCUCUUCCUGCCGCUGCUGCUGUUCCUCCAGCAGCGACGAUUCUACACACCCCCACCAGCGGCACCAUCAAUGCCUUGCUGCCCUCUCUAACCUGACCUCUCUUUCCCUCCUCGCUCACCGCACCUUCCCUCCCUGCCUCUCCUCCCUCUCCUCCCUCACUCUCCUCUCCAUCCCCCUCGCCUCCCCUCUCCAAUCCCCCGCUUCUCUCGCUCUCUUCACCCAGUGGCCCCGUUUGUCUCAUCUGCACGUGAAUGGUGAGGGUCCCGCCAAACCAACCUUCUGCUACACCAAAAUUGCAACUGGUCUCGCCGAACCUCCCACAAGCCCCGAAGCAACCCCUUCGUCAGACUCCCUCCGCCACAUCACUCUCACGGGGACAGCUGGCGUCAUCCCAUUGGCAGUGUGGGGCCGGCUGUGCCCUCAGCUGCAGUCCCUCAAGAUCCAAGGCUCGCCCCUCGUGGCUGUACAAGGAUGGGGGGGGGCAUUGGGGGAGGCGAAAGGGGAGGGGGAUGUGGGGAAGGGCGCAUGUGGUGGAGCAGAUAAGCUACCUGCGUGUUUCUUUCCUUUUCUUGAGGAGCUUGUGUUGGUCAACGUGAGAAACCAUGCAUGUUCUCACUCAGGGCAAGGGCCCUCAAGACCAGAGGAUACUGGCCCGCAGCGGCAGCAGCAGCAGCAGCCGCAGCAGCAGCCGCAGCCGCAGCAUACGCUCGCAUUCAUGGGUAUGCUGCCGCGCCUGACCCACUUGGCCAUCCAUGACUCCCCACGGCCGUCCCACCCGCCCAUGCACGCACCCACCAUCCUGCCGCACCUCCUCCCCAACCUCACCUUCCUGCGCAUCCACUCCCCCCCACGUGCACCCCUGCCCGUGCUGCCCCACCUGCGCACGCUCAUAGUGGGGUCCUACCCGCACUCCUCGCGCUUCCUCGCGUCGCUCGCCCUCUUCCCCGCCCUCACUGCCCUCCGCAUCUUCAACCUCUCCAUGCACAACUACCACUCCGCCCUCUCCUGCCCUCCCCACCUCACAUCGCUCCAAAUCUGCCACUCCCACACUCCCUUCCUCCCCGACUGCCUCCGCCUCUUCUCCUCCCUCACUCGCCUCCACCUCUUUCAGUGUAUGCCGAUCCGCGCCCUCCCCUCCUUCCUCUCGACCUUUUCCUCCCUCACCCACUUCUCCUUCGACCGUGGCUGCAACCCUGUUGUGGUGCCCCUGGAGCUUGAAGGGUACCUGCAGGGGAAAGGGUGGGUGCGAGAGAAGGAGGAGGAGAAGAAAAGGAAGGGGCAUCAAGGGAGGAAACCGAAGACAGAAUGGGAGAUUGAGGAGGAGAGGAAGAGAAAGAUGAUAAUUCAGAGUGUGUUUGAGGGAUCGGUGUUGAGUGAAGAGCAGAAGAAGGAGCAGAGGGAGUGGUGGAGGCAGGUGGGGAGGAAGGCGGAAGAGCAGUGGGAGUGGAGUGAGGUUGUAGGAGAGGGGCAGGACGAGCAGCAGCAGCAGGAGGAGGAAGAGCGUCGGCAGGAGGAGGAAGAACGGCGGCAGGAGGCGGAGCAGGGAGGCGAGUUGGUGCAAGGGGUACAGGAGGUGAAGGUGAGAGGCUCAUGCAAGGACGCGGGUGACUACAAUCAUGAUUCGCACGACCAACCGAACUUAAAACCAGAGAAACUUUCAGUAGGGGUGUUACAGCAUCCAAAGAACAGCGGAAUCAGCAACAGUGAUGACAGCAGCACUCCCAACGGUACACAGCUGUUGCAGCUGCCAUGGGAGGUGCUGCAAAGCGUGGUGCAGCGGGUGCAGAGUCCUGUGGAGCAGGCGAGAGUGAGACUGGUGUGCCGCGAGUGGCACCACUGCUGCCGCCUCCACACCUCCUGCUUCGCCCUCGCCCUCCACCCCCUCACACUCGCCUGGCUGCCCAUCCCCCUGCUCCACCCCCCUCCCUCCACUUCUUCCUCCUCCAAGCCUGUUUGCAGCAGUCCCAGCAGGAUAAGCCACCACGAGACAACAGCAGCAGCAGCAGCAGGUCUCAACGGUUCUCCUCUCUUCUCCUCCGCGUGGCUCCCCUCCGUUUCUCCCUUCUGGGUCAUCCACUCCUCCCCCACCUCCCCCUUCUCCCUGCUCCCCUCCUCCCACCCUCCCUUCACCCUCCCCCCUUCCAUCACCCCCUCCUCCCUCUCCACCUGCUUCACCCACUAUCUAAGCGCCGAGGAACACCUCUCCCCCAUCUGGUUCUCCUCGCUCCCCUCCCCCGCCUCCCUCGCCCACACCCUCGCCCGCUACCCCAACCUCUCUACGCUCGCCCUUCCCCUCGUCUCCACCACGACCCGCCCCCUCCGCCCCUCUCAUCUGCGCUCUCUGCUCGCUGCUGCUGCCGCUCUCCCUGCUCUCACCUCCCUCUCCUUGCUCCUAGAGCCCGGUUUUCUACCCGAAUACAGGUGGGGAAAUGGGCCGGAAGGCUGGCAGGACGGCUGGUGGGAGGCUGCUGGCACGGAGGCGAAUCAAGAGAUGGAGAGGGGGCUGUUUGCCGUGAUCAAGAGAUGCCGGGGACUCAACCAGCUGUGCGUUCAAGGGGAGACCCUCACAGACCGACUCAAACUCCCCGACUCUCUCUUCCUCCGCUGCCCGCAACUCACCGCCCUCUCCCUCCCUCUCUCCCGCCUUCCCUCCUCCCUCCUCCUCCUCUCGCACCUCACCUCCCUCGCCCUCGCCCUCCCAGAAGACCCCAUGCCGCCCUGCCUCUCCCUCCACUCCCCCUUCGCCCACCUCCGCUCCCUCCGCUCGCUCUCUCUGUACGUGCCUAACACCCUUCACCGCUACUACCUUCCUGAGGACGGCAGCAGCUGGAGUAGCGUGUCUGGCGACCUGCUGCUGGGUCUGCCCUCCUGCCUCUCCACCCUCUCCCUGCACCUCCCCGUAUUCACCAUGCCCUCUUCCUUCUCCUGCCUCACUUCCCUCACUCGCCUCGACUCCAACCUCUGGAUUCCGGGACUGGAUGAUGAUGACGAGGAGGAGGAGGAGGAGGAGAAAGAGGAGGAGGAGGAGGGGGAGGAAGAGGAGGAAGGGGUGGGAGAGGAUGAUGGUGAUGAUGGUGAUGAGGAGGAGGAGGAGCAAAGCAAUGGGUUUGCCAAUGCAGGUGUUGCCUCGAGACUUACUGAAGAGAGACUGCUGCCUCUCUGCAACCUCACCUCCCUCUCUCUCUCCCACUACCAAUUCUUCCCCUCUCUCAUUCCCCACCUCACCCGCCUCACCUCGCUCUCCCUCCCAUCCCUCCACUGCGCAAACGACCUCUCUCGUCUCACUCGCCUGGAGGACCUUUUCCUCGCCUGCAACAGCCGCUGCGACAGCUCCGACUCACCCUGCCUGCCCCACCUGCCCCGCCUGCGUCGCCUGCGCGUGCAAUGCCCCGAUCAUCCCAUGUACGUCGCUCGGUUCAUAGCGCGCGUGGCAGCAUCUCUGGAGCAGCUCGACGUGCGCGCCGACCUCAUCCGUUACUCCGAGGGGAAUCUUUGCGCGUGGUGCACAGACAGCGGUGAAUGGACGGCGCCUGUGUUUCCCAAGCUCAAGGUGCUGCAGCUGCUCGGCAACUCAGGCCCCUCUUCCCACAUCGACAUGGAUCUCUUCCCUGCCCUGGAGCACAUGGCACUCGCUGGCAGCCGAUAUGUGUCCUGGAAGGUGGAGAGUGGCUGCUCUGCCAACCUCCGCUUCCUGCACUUGCACAGUGCAAAGCUGUCGGGAUAUGACAGUGAUCGUCACCUGACGCAGCUCACGGCGCUGACCACUCUGGUGGUGGACAACGCUGACUGCCGGGACUUCAUUGCAUGCCUCUCCUGCUUCUCCUCCCUGCACACCCUCCGCCUCUCCAACAUCACCAGAGGCUGCUCCCAGCCCUAUCUCACGUGCCCGCCUCGCCUCGCCACGCUUCAAAUCUGCCGCUGCGACCUGCCGCACCUCCCAUCCUCGCUGCUCAAAUUCUCCCGCCUCACUCGUCUCGACCUCCUCCACUGGCGCCGCUUGCACUCUCUCCCGCCUUUCCUCUCCCAGUUCACGUUGCUCCGUCAUUUCAGAGUCACUUGCGAUGGCCCCAUGCCCCACGUGCCUCCAUGCCUGGAAGACUUUCUCAAAGGGAAGGAAUGGUACGAGCAUUCGCCCUGUGAUGGGAGCUUUGACAGCUGA